AUGGCAGCCACAACAAUGACGGUUGCAAUGCCGGGAAGUUCAGAGCCUCCAAUUGUGUCACAACUCACUGUUCCAUCAACAAUCAACCCCAUACCAAUUUCUCAAAACUCUGUCACAUUAAAUGUAAACCCUAUAAGUUCUUCACUGCCACCGUCACAACCACCACCACAAAUGAACACAGCAACAAACGCUGCAAAUCUUUCUCACAGUGCUGCUAGUUUGAUGUUUUAUUCCACAUCUUCUUCGACUUCAUCCGAUGAACAGCCGGAAAGGAGGGGGAAGAGAAAGAGAGAAUGGAAGGACUUCUUCGAGAGGCUAAUGAAGGAGGUGAUCCAAAAGCAAGAGGAUUUGCAGAAGAAGUUCAUAGAAAUGUUGGAAAAACGUGAACGGGAUCGGAUGAUCAGAGAAGAAGCUUGGAGAGUUCAAGAAAUGGCGAGAAUGAAUAGGGAACACGAACUUCUAGUCCAAGACAGAUCUUUAGCGGCGGCCAAAGAUGCAGCAGUUAUGGCAUUCUUGCAGAAAGUGACAGAACAACAAAACCCACAAAACCCAAAUGCUGUUCCUCAAUUUCAAAUGCAUAUACAAUUGCCAGAAAACACAUUGCCAACGCCACCACCUCCGCGGCCAUCAUUGCAACAAACGCCACCACCACCGCCACCAACGCAACAAUCGCCACUACCAGCGCCACCGCCACCAACGCAACAAACUUCACUGGCACUGGCCGUGAAAAAUGUGGACACUGUGAAAACUGAUAAUGGUGGUGAUAAUUUUACUCCAGCAAGCUCUUCUAGAUGGCCAAAAGCUGAGGUUGAAGCAUUGAUUAAGCUUCGAACCAAUCUUGAUCUUAGGUAUCAAGAAAACGGGCCAAAAGGACCGCUCUGGGAGGAGAUAUCUGCCGCGAUGCGUAAGGUUGGGUACAACAGAAACUCGAAAAGGUGCAAAGAGAAAUGGGAGAACAUCAACAAGUACUUCAAGAAAGUGAAAGAGAGCAAUAAAAAAAGACCUGAAGAUGCCAAGACAUGUCCAUAUUUUCACCAGCUUGAUGCUUUAUACAAAGAGAAAGCCAAGACUGAUGGUUCAUUCAAUCCAGGGUCAUUCUCUAUGAAUAAGCCAGAAAACCCGAUGGUUCCGAUAAUGGUUCAACCCGAACAGCAAUGGCCUCUUCCACAGCAAACCAACCAGCCUGAUUCGGUAAUGGAGGAUCAAAACAGCGAGAAUUUCGACCAGAACGAUCAUGAGGAUGAAGAAGGAGAGGACGAUGACGAGGAAGAAGAUGGAGGUGGGUAUGAGAUUGUAACAAACAGGCCAUCUUCAAUGGCCACCACAGUUGAGUGAGCGGAGAGAGAAACAAGUUGAAAUGUGGGUGUUUGGGAAGUGACUGUGGUUUUUCGAACUGGGUCAGAUUGCAGAAGUUGUCACACGGACGAGUGAGAGAGAGAGAGACACACAAAGAGAGAGAGAGAGAGAUGGGGAGAGAGGGAGAGGAGGUGGGUCAGAUUCCGAUUGGCAGGAGGUGGGGUGGUAAAAAUUUGAUAUACAGAGGAAACACAGUGGGGGGUGUAAGGCUGUAGUGGUUACUAUAAGGUUUUAUUUAUUUUUUUUUCCUUUUGAAUUUGAUUAUGUAUUUAUUACUUGCUAAGCAAAUAAAUUGAGGGGUGGGGUUUUGAAGAGUUAUUUAAAUAAGGGGAUGGUGUUUGUAUUUUUCUUUUUAUUAAUGGGGGUGUAAAUGUGAGAAUUGGUUAAUAUUGUUUU